AUGCCGCCGAACUCGUCGGAUCGGACCCCCUUGCUGGGCGAAGUAGAUGAAUCACACACACAAAGAGGUACACUAUCGCGGGCGCGUGCAAGACUCUCGCAAAUUGAGCAUGCAUCGUCGUUGUCGAUCCGUGACAUUGUCCUCAUGCUUGCUUGCUUGGCCCUGGUGAUUUUGGGACUGUGCAUACUGAUCAAGUAUGAUGAUCGUCGGAUCCUGCAAGAAAUAUGUAUUACUCGCGACUGCGUCAAGACGGCCUCGCGCCUGUUGAGUGCACUCGACGAGUCUGUGGACCCAUGUGAUGACUUUUAUGCGUUUGCCACAGGCGGCUGGCAAAAGUCCCACACGAUCCCGACGAACAAGAGCGAAGUAAGCGUAUUUGACGAUGUGUCGCUGGAAGUCGAGAGGGUCGUGCAUGACCUUGCCACGCGUCCCAUCGACCCGAAGCUGCCAAGCGGUGACCAGGACAAUCUCGCGAAGCUUCACACAUGGUACACGGCAUGCUUGGAUGUUGAUGCACAGAACACACAAGGGGAGCAACCACUUGUGGCAGUGGUGCAUGAACUGAUGCGCCUUCCAACCCAUACAUCACAACUUGCUUGGAUGCACGCACAUGCGCUUGACACCUGGUUCCAGGUCUCGAUCAGUGGCGAUCCUGGCUCGGCUCCACGCUCAGCCACACCGUUCUUCGCAUCUGCUUCACUUGGUUUACCUGACAAGUCGUACUAUGCGAACAACAAGACAGCGAAGAAAUAUACAGAGCUUGUCGAUGCAGGUCUACAGCGCCUUGUUGAUGCGGGUAUUUCGUCGUUGCGUGGCGUGCAAGCAUCGCACGUCGUCGAGCUCGAGACAGCGCUCGCGAACGCUGCACCAUCGGCUGCCGAGAGCAAUGAUCCCAUUGCGACGUACCAUCCCAUGGCGCCUGAAGAGCUUGCGCUGCAAGUGCCUUCGAUCGACUGGCCUACAUACUGGGCAACCCUCAGUCCCGUGCACCCAAGCCGAGUCAUCCUCGCGAGUCCCUCGUACAUGCGCGCUGUUGAUGCGCUCCUGUCUUCGACGUCGGAGCAUGUGCGGCUCGCAUAUGCAGCUUGGACACUCGUGCGCACGAUGGGCCUGUCCCUUGGUCCGCACGUCCCGCUCCGUCAGCCAGCCGAGCGGCUGUAUCACAUGGUGCAUGGCGUUGCAUCGAAGGUGCGUGAAAAGCGCGAACCUCUGUGUGCAGCCAGUGCGAGUGCAUCGCUUGGCCAUCUUGUGGGUCGCUACUAUGUCCAAGAGGCGCUCCCGACGCCGAGUGUGCCUCAGGUGGCGCGCAUUGCUGAAGCUAUUCGGUCUGCGUUUCUUCGACGGCUCUUUGAUCUGCCAUGGCUCGAUGCCAAAACAAAACGAGCGGCCGUCGCCAAAGCGUCUGCGAUUUCCUUCCGGAUCGCGCAGCCCCAGACGCCAGACCUCUUGCAGGCUUCAGACAUUGCUGCAUGGUAUUCAGAUCUCAACGUGACACACUCCCUCUUUGACAAUGAAUGGCGUGCACAAGCUUGGCGGGUCCACAAAGCCUAUUCGUAUGUUGGUGGCGAGCUGAAUCGCGGCGCAUUGGGCAACUUGGUGCCGACAGACGUCAAGGCCGAGUAUGUGCCUGCGUUUAACGAAAUGGACUUGGCUGCAGGCAUCUUGCAGCCGCCAUUCUUCGACGCAAACUGGCCAAUGUACCUCAAGUUCGGCGCGAUUGGCUCGAUUGCUGGUCAUGAGCUAUCGCAUGCGUUUGACCCACAUGGCCGCUUGUACAAUAGCCAAGGCCUACUGAGCGAUUGGUGGACCAAUGCCACUGCACAUGCUUUCGUCGAACAGCAAAAGUGCAUCGAGCGGCAGUAUGCCGAGUACUGGGUGGACGAUGGCCAUGGUCACCGUGAGUACGUCGACAGCCGGUUCACGGUCGGCGAGGACGUAGCCGACGCUGCUGGCAUCGCUCAGAGUUUCCGCGCAUGGAAGCAUAUCCUCGAUAACGGCGGCAUUCGGAUCUUUGAGCAGAACCAGCUUCUGCCUGGUCUAGCCCACUACACGCAAGAGCAAUUGUUUUUCGUGGCGUUUGCACACCUUUGGGCGAGUCUUGUGCGUCCAGCAGAGCAAGUGCGUCGAAUCCGCACUGAUCCACACUCGCCUGCCCGUUUCCGUGUGAAUGGUGCAUUGAGCAACAUGCCCUCUUUUGCCGAGGCUUUUGGGUGCAAGCCGCGGCAUCAUCCUAUGGUACGAUCUGGGCGCAAUCGCUGUGACAUUUGGUAG